GAAUCAGAGAGGAGAGGGGGUCAGGAACAAAGCCUGUUACAGAGCCAAGCAGGGAGGGGCUGUGGCUCUGGCUCCCACCCAUACCCCCCCACCCCCGUAAGAAGGCCAGAACCCUGACUGGCUGGGGCACCCCAGAGGCCUGACUGGAGCAGAACAGGCUCAGCAUGUUAGCGACCAGAGGGGAGGUGAUGUCUUCGAGAAAAGGAGCCCACAUGGAGCCAGGCAUGGUAGAGGCCCCGCCCACACAGGCGGCUGCACUUUGGCCUUUAUUGUCAAGAGAUACACAGGAUGCAGACGCACUCACAGAAGCAGACGACCCUGGGCUCCGCACCCAGUGAUGUCACCAAAGAUUCCAACCAAAGGAAGACUCUGGGUGUCCACUUGUGUGAAACCCAUACUUGUGGUCCUUGCCUCUGGGUCCCUUUGCUGAGCACAUGGCCAGCCACCCACGAGCCCUUCCUUGGAUGUGUCUUGAGGACACAGAUGGGGCUGGUGGCUACAGUGGUUGGGUUGGGUAUGAGCUCCUGCUGUGGUACAGGGAGAAAGCUGAGGGACACUCGGGGUCCCAGCCCUACUUUGGUCCCCUUGGCUUCAGCCCCACACCAGGAAGUAAGCUGAGGUCAUGGACUGUGGCUGCCCACUUCCUUGUUGCUGGGAUACCUUUGUCCCUGUCAACAGUGGUCCCUGGGCCUUGGUGACUAGACCCUCUCCGAAGGCAGGGCCAGACAUGGAAAACGUGAGGCGAGAGGCUACUCGGCCCUUUGUUCCUUCGGGCACCCUCGAACUCUACUUCCCUGACCAUCUGUACCGCAAUGACUACUUGUCCAUGGAAGGGCCCCGUUGGGCGCAGGCCAUCAAGCAAGCUGUGCGCUGGAAGUUCACGCCCAUGGGUCAGGACGCGGCCGGCCAGAUGUGGUACACUGGCUUGACCAACUCGAAUCCAUGUGAUGCCUGGUACAUGCUGCCGCGCGCUCUCGACAUGCCAUACCGCGAGGCCCACACUCGCUGGCACGGCUGCUUCCAGAGUCGCCAGCGUGACCUGCCGCCCGCCUAUACACAGCACUUGCGGGAGACGGCCUUCUGGGACCCCGCGAUACCUCCGCAGUACCUCAACCCUGGCACCCGCUGGGGGUGUCUGCAGUGGAGGGACAGGCAAAUCCGUGGCAAGGAGUUCGUGGUCAACAGGAACCAGUUUGGGGCAGAGCUGCCCCGGCGGUCUGACUACGUGCCGGACCUGUCGCCGCCACAUCGGCCGCGCUUCACUGCACAGGACUUCAAACAGCGGUGCCUGGACCGUUCCUGCCCGGCCACUGGCCAGCCGCCCCCGGCCUUCACCCCCACGCUCUGAUAAAGCCG